AUGUAUGCGGGGGACUUCUUCUCAGAUGGAGCGGGAGACUUUGAGAGUAGAUGGAGGUUGAGUAAUGAUGUUUUGGGGUUGCCAAAGGAGGACUUUGAUGCGUGUACGAGGAAGGCGGUGGAGAUGGCGGAGAAGGAGACUGCAGCGGGGUUCAAAGAUCGCGAGCAUUGA